UUAUUUUUGGGGUAGCAUCGAUAAAGCUGUGUCAAUAACAAAUAACAUUAAAAGGACACAUUUGAUCAAUUAUUUUAUUGAGACUGAAAACAGAACUUUGUUAAAAAUGAAGUCAUUUCUAUUCCUUACCAUUUUCAUUUUAGUGCAAGACAGUUUAGCGCAAUCUUGCAGAGAUAACAGUGGUGAAUACUACUGCAAGAUUUGGAGUGAUAGUGAUAGCAACUUCUGUAAUCGCAUCGAUGCUCAUCUUUACUGCGAGAAAACAUGUUCUCUAUGUCCAGUAGUAUCAACUGCAAGACCAACAGCAGAACCAAUCACAUCAACUGAAGCACCACGUUCAUGUGGAAAGUCAACCGUACAGCAGAGUAGAAUAAUUAAUGGUGUAAAUGCACAACCCGGAGCGUGGCCCUGGAUAGCUUCCCUUCAAAAAUAUCAUAAACACUUCUGUGGGGCAACUCUGCUCACUCCAACAUGGGUUUUAACUGCCAGUCACUGUGUUGAAAGCAUAUCUUCAUAUGAUGAUUGGAGCAUUAAACUAGGCGCCCAUGAUCACCGUGUGUCAGAGCCAACCGUGCAACGAAUGAAAAUUAAACGUAUAAUAAUGCAUCCCAAAUACAGCAGAAGCACGUUGAAGGCAGACAUGGCUAUGGUUGAAUUAAGUAGUCCUGCAAGGUUGAAUGACAGAGUGGCUUUAGCAUGCUUGCCGAAAAAAGACCAGUAUCCAUCUCUUGGAAAGAAAUGCUAUCUUGCAGGUUGGGGAAGCGUGGCACAUCCUGGUGGUGUAUAUCACACACUUCAACAAGUCAGGCUACCUGUAGUUGAAUCGACAGAGUGUAAAUACAACGACGAAGUUGUGUGCGUGGGCAAAGGAAAAACUCCCCAGCCAAGUGGAAAACAACAACCAAAUGCUUGUCGAGGUGAUUCUGGUGGUCCGUUAGUCUGUCAACAAUCAGAUGGAAGAUGGCAAUUGGAAGGUGUUGCAAGUUUCGUUUACACCUAUUGCAAAUACUACACUGGUUAUUCUCCGGUAAACAAGUAUCUAGACUGGAUAAAUGGAUACUUGAUGUCGUAAAGCAGAUGUUAUGUAGAUAAUUUUGUUUCAACGAAAUAUUGACAUGACUGUAUUUAUUUGUUAUCUGAAGCCAUUUUGAUUUAAAUACAUUAGAAACUGUCAUUUUGA